AUGAAGUCAACACCUUCGCUACCGACAGCAGCAGUUGGAGUUGAUGUUGGCAGCUGGAACUGCUGCGUCGCUACGGUCCGUCGAAAAGUGGUGGAUGCGGUUGAAGACGAAUAUGGCAACAGAAAAAUACCGUGGGUUCCUCACACUGUCACUUAUUCAGUAAUCAGUAAUUUCGUGCUUUUUGACAGUUCUAUGCAGUAUAGCGGAAGUGAUGCCAAGGCAAACCAAGACAUCAACUUUGAGAACACAAUUUUUGACUACAUGCAAUUUUUGCGUAAACCAUAUUCGAAAGCCAGUGCAUUGAGCCUUCAAUAUCCAUAUAAAAUUGUGAGUGGUGUUGGGGGAAAUGCGCAUAUUGCAAUCGAAUUUGGCGCUAAGUCGUACAAUUUGUUACCUGAGCAGCUGUUAGCCAUGGUGUUGAGGAAGCUGAAAUCUGUUGCUGAUGAUGCCUCUGGUGAAUCAGUUAACAACUUCGUGAUAAAUGUACCCGAAUUUUACGACGAAGAACAACGUGCAGCUAUCUAUGAUGCUGCUGAAAUAGCUGGCAUCAAUUGUUUGGAAUUACUUGAAGAUACCUAUGCGGGCAAGUACAUCUCUACAUAAGCUGCAGCUAUCCAGUCGCCGGAUGACUCAAGCGAAUGCAAAAUCGUGAUUCUCAAAGAAACUGAGGAACAUAAACUCAGCAUUGAUGACAGAGUUUUCAAAGAGUACCAGACCGAAUACAGAUGUUUGGAACAAGGGUGCAGAGCGCAUCAGCAUCAACAGCAACAACAGCAGCAGCAACAACUGCAGCGUCAUCCGCAACCGAUAGAAUUACAAAGCAACGCAAACAACGCAAGCCGCCAACUUGUCUCGUCUACUAUCCAACCGCGCGAACGUGUGAUUCAAGCAAAUCUAGUUAAUGACAACAACUAUCCUGUCGGUGGUAGCUCAUACAACGAUCCUCAAAGGCUAAAGGAUUUCAUGGAGCGCUUACAGUCUGUUCAAAAGGAAGCCAAGUCUUCGCUCGAAUCCUUAAGCGGUGAUUCCUCCGGCUAUCUUCAGACGAACGAAUUUCUUGGACAUUAUCUGAAGUUUACACAAUUACUGUCGGAGUUGAUCACGAACACGCCGUAUAGCCAGAUUAGUCAGGGUCAGUUGGUUCAACCGGCAACGUGGAACACUUUGGUCAAGCUACAAAAGAAUCUACGGAUUGAAGUAGUGUGCGCACUAAUGUACCUUAUAUCCAAAACUAACCCGGACCUCCGAAUCCCAAUUAAUGAAGAGAAGUACAUAUUAGAUGAGGGCUCAAAACUCGUUCGACUUUUGGCCGAAUGUACCAACGAAGUAAAAGCGCUUCCGAAACGUACGGACCGCUCAUUUGAGGGUGAUGAAGUUUUGAGAUCACUGGACGGAGCUAGGAAUUGGUUAUGUUCAACAGAAGGACAAUACGGUUACUGGGUUGAACGAUACAUCAGAAGUUCUUACCUAAAGCGGGCAAACUCGACCUUGUGGAGUUUUGUUGAAAAUCUACAACCGCAUUAUACUAGUGAGGUAUCUAGUCAGCGUAUCAGCGGACUGAGCAUUUCGUUAUCAACCAAAGUGGAUGAGUACGCCCAUCAAUAUCUCCGUCUGCUGCACCAAUGGUGCCAUGUCAGAAUUGAAUUGAAUAGAACACUUCAGGAGUAUUUCACUUCAUUAAGAAUGUCAACAGAGGAAAUAUUAAAUGCUCUCACUCAGGAACCAAAGAACCCGAUAAAGGGUGGUCGAGCUCAGGAACUUUCUCGUUCAAGUUACACAACCGAUUUUUGACUGUCGUCAAUGGUUACUUAUAAAACAUCACACACACACACACACACACACACUUCCAACAGUCUUUGGUCACCUCUGCCAAACUGGACUAACGAUUUUAAACCUGGGUGUUUUUCCUCUGAGAAGGAUAUUUUUGAAUCCAAAGGAGGCAUUUUGCCAGUCUAAAUUCCCACCGGUUUGUAACAAAUAUACUGAAUUUAUCCUAUUUGAAUUUCCACAUUUUUUGACGAAUAUAAUCCUAGCUUAGCCU